AUGGCAUCUUUGCCGACGGGCGUUGUGACCGGCGAGAAGUCGGAGUUCAACGAGAACGAAACCGUCGAGAGGUACAACCAAGCCAUUGAUCAUGAUCGGGAAACGUUUCUCCCUCGGCCCUCGGACGACCCGAAAGACCCUUUGAACUGGGCUCUCUCUCUCAAGGUUGCAGUUCUUAUCCAAGUCUGUCUCCUCGCCGCUCUCGGCACUAUUAACACUGCCAUCAUCAAUCCGGCCUACAGCCAGCUCGCCCGUGACUUUGACAUCACCAUCGUCCAAGCUUCCUACCAGACCACCGUCGUUAUCGUUCUCAACGGCAUUGGUCCUUUUAUCUGGGUCCCUUUGGCAAAUGCCUACGGACGGAGACCGAUAUACCUCGUCAGCACGUUGCUGGGUUUUGCCUCCAUCCUCGGUUCCGCAUACGCGCGCACCUACAGCCAGCUCAUUGGUGCCCGCGUGUUGAACGGUCUUUUCCCUGCCGCGAUGGCCCUGGGCCCCAGCACCGUGGUGGAUUGCUUCUUUUUCCACGAACGAGGACGGGCCAUGGGGUUGUUCACCGUGAUUCUGACCACGGGUGCGCAUAUCGCGCCUAUCUUGGGUGGGCUCAUAGGUCAAUUCCUAGGAUGGCGAUGGAUCUUCAAGUUUACUGCCAUCCUGGACGGUGUCAUGUUUCUGGUGAUUCUCGUCGGUUUGCCCGAGACGCUCUACGUGCGCAACACCGAUCAACUGACGCAUACAAUCCCGACGGACAGGAGGGAAAGGGAGGCACCCUCUCUGGGACUCAAGGCCUACGCCGCCCGCCUCAAACCCUACGCAGGGCCCUUCCCAGCUACCAAGCUGCGUUGGAGUGACUUCGUCUGGCCCGCGCUCCGCAUGGCUCAGUACCCGUCCGUCCUCUUCCCCGCGGCCUAUUACGCCGCGCAGUACGGCUUCGGCAGUAUCUUGCCCGCGGUGACCGUAGCGGCCAUCUUCAGCGAACGUUUCGGCUGGGACACUCUCGAAAUCGGCCUCGCCUACGGCGGCGCUCUCACUGUCGGCGGGGUUCUGGGCGAGAGUGUCGCAGGCGUGAUCCUUGACGCCAUCGUGAAGCGCGCGAGACACCGCCUUGGUGGGGUCAAUCCGGAGCCCGAGGCGCGGCUACAGGCGAUCUGGACGGGCGCGGUCCUGCUGCCUGUGGGCCUGCUGAUCUACGGAUUUACAAUUGAGUACCGAACGCACUGGUUCGUGCCUCUGUUCGGGAUGGGGCUGAGCGUGUUUGGGUUGCAGCCAAUUGCAACGACGUGCUAUACGUAUAGUAUUGACUGCUACCGCGAACAGGGCGGGGAUGUCGCAACAUUCUUCAAUUUUCUUAGGCAGAUAUUUGGGAUGACGUUUGCGUUUUAUGUGGUGUUGCUUUGUCGGAGGAUCGGGUAUCAGUUUGCGUUCUUGUUGUUUGUCAUCUGGGGGAGCGUGCUUGGUUUCGUACCUAUCUUGAUUUUGAUGUGGAAGGGGAAGGAGAUCAGGCUUUGGUUUGAGAGAAAACAGGAGGAAAGGUCAGAGUUGCGCUAG